AGUCGAGAGUUAAACUGGUAAUCACCGGAGGUAUUUCGAAAGACUGUAAACAUUGGAAGCAAGACAGAAAUUGCGCAGUUUGAAGUGAGUCGGUCAGAAGCAUAUCGUUGGAGGCAGAAACGAUUGUAAAAGUCGUUUGUGAUGGCCAAAGAGGGCGCUGCAAUUAACGAGCAGACGACAAACGGAAGUGAACAAGUUUUCAGCAAGGGUGUACAUAUUGAAGACAAUGACCUCAAACCGGAAGUUAGCUUCGACACUGUUUCCGGGUAUGAUCAUACUCGCACGGACGAAUCCCUACUCCCCCCUCCCCUAACGGAAUUUACCGCUCCUAAGGACGACGUGAAACCAACAUUUACAUUAACGAGCGCACCUGUGAUAUCAGAAGACACAGCCAGACAAGCCCUGGUAGAGUUUGUCUCUAAACAACGUUGUUGGGGCACAGGAACAGCCAAAAAUCUCACAUUUGAGAAACUGCAACCAUCACAUUCCUAUCAUUAUUUUUUAGAAACCUUCACAGAGGAGAGAACAUCUAAAUGGGAUCAUGAACCAUUUCGUGGCCAGUUUGUUGACGGAUCCCAGAAUGGACCUGCUCCUGGUCCCUGGGAAAUUCCUGCAAUGUUUACGGAGAUUUUCAAGAACGAAAUCCAGAAUCAUGAAGUACCACACACCGCCUUUGUUAAGCCUUGCUUUAGAUGUAAAACAAAAGGGAAAAUAGAUUGUUAUCGAUGUAAUGGCAGUGGAAGGGUAAAUUGUAGCAGUUGUAAUGGGAGUGGUUCAAGAACCGUGACUCGCAAUGGUGAAAGCUGCAGAGAGAGCUGUCACUGUUCUGGGGGAAAAGUCUCAUGUUUAUAUUGUCGUGGAAAUGGCAAAGUGCGCUGUCCAGCUUGUAAGGGUGAAUGCAAACUAAAGUGGUUUAUCAAACUCAUCGUUAGCUGGGUAAAUAAUGUAUCGGAGCAUGUUAUAGAAAGGGGUGUUAUACCAGCAUAUAUGAUCUCACAGUCCACUGGAACACUUGGAUUUAAUGAGGUGUUGCCCCGGGUACAACCGGUAGCUAAUUUUCCGGUAGCGGAAGUAAACGAAGUGUCCCACAAUUUUGUGGACAGUCACCAGUUCCCAAUGAAGAGGAUUCACAUGCAGCACCACAUGGUUCGUAUGGUGCCAGUGACACAGUGUGUCUGCAGGCGCCGAGGGAAGGAGUUUACCUUCUUUGUUUACGGACUGGAGAACAAGGUGUACGCACCUGAUUAUCCCGACCAGUGUUGCUGGGGAUGCACUAUUCAAUAAUUAUAUGUAAUGACUUGGAAUUUAUGAUAAGUUUGACUUUGUUGCAAUUUGUAAAACUACGUUGAAUAUGUUUUGUCUGUUGUCGUUUAUGAUUGCUUUAUGAUGUAUAAUUUCCAUCUCUAACGAAAAAAAUGUUAGACGUAGUUAUUUGAAUUAUUUGUAUUUCUCAUGGAAAAUUUUAUAAUUUUUUUCCUCUUUACAUGUUAGAAAAAUUAUUUAAAAACUUCUUUUUCAAAACUUUAAUAUUGUAUUUUCUGAUAUUACAACAAACAUCCCGACAUAUUGAAUUUUUUUUUAUUGUUUACUGUGUCUACUGUAUCUUAUAUGCAGUCAACUAAUCAUUAAACUGUUCUUAAUCUGUAGUUAUAUAGGUUAACUUUUAUAAUUACUUUCGAAUCCACUUACAAAAUUUUGAAAACACUAGCAGACCAAUGGUAAUUGUAUUACUAUUUUUCCCUUUUUCCUAUAUAUAUUUGUGUAUGUAUAUAAAUUUUAAAACAUAUUUUGAUUUAUAUAUGUGUAUAAUAUUGAUACAAACAUUAUAUCAAUGACCGAAUGUUAUUCCCCCGUUUAUAUUUUACAUUACUAUUAUGAUAUAUACAUGUAUGCAUAGAUACCAUGUGAUAGUUCAUAUUUACAUCUAUUUAUGCUUUAAAAAAAUACAAUUAUAAAUACCAAAGAAAACAUAUAUUUUUACA